CCGCGGGCAGGCAGCGCCGCGCACCAUGUCCCGCUCCCGCAGCGGCUCCCUGGCCGGCUCGCCCCGCCCGUGGCCCGGCUCCUCGGCCGGCAGCGUGUACGGGGGCGCGGGCGGCUCGGAGCCGCGGGCCUCGGGGUCCCGCCUGCAGGCGCUGCUGCCCGGCCUGCGCGCCCACCUGGACUCGCUGGGGGCCGGCAGCCAGCAGGAGGCGCUGCAGGGGCUGAACGAGCGCCUGGCCGGCUACCUGCAGCGGGUGCGGGGGCUGGAGGCGGCCAACCGGGCGCUGGAGGAGGAGAUCGCCCAGGUGCGGGCCCGCCGCGGGGGCGCCGGCCAGCGGGACUGGGAGGCCUGCGAGCGGCCCCUGGGGGAGCUGCGCAAGCAGGUGGAGGAUCUCAACAUGGACAAUGCCAAGCUGCUGCUGCAAAUGGAUAAUGCCAGGCUGGCGGCCGAUGACUUCAAGGUCAAGCUGGAGGCGGAGCAGGCGGUGUGCGACAGCGUGCAGAAGGACACCCACGGGCUGCGCAAGAUCAUGGAGGACACCAACUUCCUGCGCAUGAAGCUGGAGGCGGAGCUGGAGGGGCUCAAGGAGGAGCUUGCCCACCUGCGCAAGAGCCACGAGGAGGAAGCGGAGGCCCUCCGGGCACUGAUUGCUAACUCCGACGUGACCGUGGCGGUGGAUAACCCGAAGAAGCAGGAGCUGAGCGAGAGCAUCGCCCAGAUCCGGAAGCAGUACGAGAAAGUGGCCGAGCAGAACCGGCAUGAUGCCGAGAGCUGGUACAAGGACAAGUUUGACACGCUGUCCCAGGAAACUAACGUGAACACCCAAGCGCUGGAGGAAGCCAAGAGCGAGCUGAGUGAGCUGCGCCGGCAGCUUCAGGGCCUGGAGAUUGAACGCCAGACCCUCCAGAAAAUGGUGGAGACCCUGGAGAACACUUUGGAGAACACACAAGCCCGCUACAACGACCAGCUGGAGAACCUCAAUCACGUCAUUGCCAAGCUGCAGGAGGAGCUGGCCGCCUGCCGGGCGGACCUGGAGCGGCAGGCCCGGGACUACGAAGCCCUGCUGGAUCUGAAGAGCAAGCUGGAGAAUGAGAUCAGUCAGUACAGCCAGCUGAUUGAGGGAGUGACAGACAGGCUCCCGGAGGCAGACCAUUAAGGCGGCGGUGGUCACGGCCCAGGAGAUUGUGGAGGGGAAAGUGAUUGCGCAGUGAUCAGAGGAAGUAAUUCAAUCAAGAGGCAAAUCUCAAUCUGCUGCUGCUGCAUUUAGAGCUCCUUUUAGUCUGCUUUAACAAGCCAGGGUGUGGGCUGCAUUGUCCUCUGUAGAGGUCUGUACUCUGCUGUGAUAGGAAUACUGCUGAAUAAAGAUCUUCCAAGCACUUUGAAAA